AUGUUUGCAAAAAACAUCUCUAUUCACUUGCAGAAUAAUCGAAAAAAGUCUUAUAUUGUAAAGGUUUAUGUUCACAGUUUUACAAACAAGUGGUUUGAAAAACUGAUUAAGAAUUUCAUCUUGUCUCUUCUUUUACUUCUAUCGUCAUUGUCAAUAACAAAAAUUUCAUGCUAUGAAGUUAAACCAUUACUUGGACAACAAUAUAUUCGAUUUCCAACAAGUACAAAUAAUAGUUUAGCACAAGAACAUUUCAUUUUUGGUCUUGCUUGUAUGCAUAGUUUUUGGUAUUCAUUUGCAUUUGAACAAUUUAAAAAGGCAUAUACUAUUGAUUCAGAAUUUGCUAUGGCAUAUGUAUUUUCAUCUUUAACUAAUUCAAAACCUGUAUGGAUGGAAGAAAAUUCUAAACAAGGUUGGGAACAAGUACAAUUAAUGAAUUCAAAAAUUCAUUUUGAACGUUUAACAUCAAGAGAACAACUUUAUGUUAUAGCUGUAAGAAAAUUUUUUGAUCAAGGAAUAAUGCAUUAUGACGAUUAUAUUAGUAUAUUAAAACAAAUUUAUAAUUUAUUUCCAACAGAUAAUGAAGCUGCUUUAUUUUUAGUAUGUAUACUAUUCUCAAAAACACAACCAGAAAUUCGUGGAUAUUUAAAUCGUAAUCCACAAGAUCGUCAAUUACAAAUAGAUAUUUUAAAAAUGAUCUUAAAAGAUAAUUCAAAUCAUCCUGGUGCUUUACACUAUUUUAUUCAUGUUUAUGAUGAACCAAAAAUGGCAUUAUUUGCUUUAUCAAAUGCAAUAAAAUAUUCUCGUAUAGCACCAAAUUCCCCACAUGCUCAACAUAUGCCAACACAUAUCUAUCUUCGAUUAGGAUUAUAUACUGAAGCAUUAUAUGGUAAUUUGGAAUCGGAUGAAGCUGGAAUGAAUGUUGUAAUGAAUGGAGAACGAGAAUAUCAUAGUUUAGAAUUUAUGCACUAUAUAUAUUUAAAUAUGGGAAGAAGAACAAUCGCUUUAGAAAUUUUAGAAAGUUUAAAAGAAUUAUUUAUUAAUGAUACUUUUUAUCAAAUGCAAUAUGGUAUUAUGUAUGAUCGACAUAUUAUAGAAACACAAGACUAUAAUUUUACAUUUGAUAAUCCAUUUAAUUUAAUUGUGUGUUCUGAAUGUGUAUCAACUGGGGAUGUUGUUUGGUUAUAUCAAAUUAAUUCUGGAUUAUUACUUGUUAAAGGAUUUUCUACCAUUAAGAACAAUAAAGAAUAUAAUUUAACUGUAGUACAAGAAUAUAUUCAACAAUUAGAAGAUAUGUCAAUAAAAUUGAAUAAAACACAACCGACACUUUCGAUAUCAAUAUUAGCAAUGAAAUAUCAAUUACAAGCAUUUCAUGAAUAUUAUAGAAUUUCUACUACAAAUAAUGAACAAAAUAUCGCAUUGAAUUAUGCUAAAAUGGCUAUGAACCUAGAAGUAUCUGUCAAUCCACCAUGUUAUGGUCCUCCAAUUGAUCCCGUAAAACCUAGUCAAGAACUUUAUGGUGAACUUCUUCUGGAACAUCGACAAUAUGAACAAGCCAUUAAUGAAUUUCUAAAUGUAAUGACAUAUUUUCCUAACAGAACAUUGACACUUUUUGGAUUAGCGAGAGCAUAUUCAGCAAUAGGCAAAAUAGAUUCUGCAUGUCUUUAUUAUUCUCGUUUAAUCAAUGAUAUGCUCUAUAAUUCCGAUUUUGGUUUACAAUGGUAUGAUGAAGCCAAUAAUUAUUUAAUCACACAUUCAAGAAAGAAACCUGAUACGAUUAUAAAUUCGAAAUUUAUUGGAAUCAUAGCUACAAUUGCUUUUGUAGUUGGUAUAAUUGUAACAUCAUCUUUUAUAAUAUUAGUUAGAAAAUUUCGUCAUAGAAAUCAAAAACAUUAUCAACCUCUCAAUUCAAGUUAG